AAUCCUCGCGCCAAAGUGUCACGUGCAGCAGCAGUAGCAGCUUCUUCGCGGCUCUCUAUCGUAUUUCUUCCUCGAUUUCUCCUAUCUCUCUCUCUCUCUCUCUCGCUAAUACGCAUAGGCCAUCUUGCGCGCGUCAUCUCUCGAUGUUUGUACAUAUUGUAUGCCAGUCGAUGGAUCACGGGUACAUCUGAGUGUGUCUGUGUCUUCGAUUCCCCCAUGUAUACAAGCUCUAACGCGCUGACCAUGUAUACGUGUAAAUGUGUAUUAUACUAAAUGUAUUAAGUGCUCCGGUCUAUUAUACGUGUGUAUUUAUCUUCGAUAUACAUCGCAUUGGGUGUAUACGGCUACGGCGACGACGACGAGGCGAAGGAAUAUCAUAUAUUUAUACGACAGUGCGAAAUUAUGUGAGUGUGUGUGACUACGAAGACGACGACGACGACGACGACGGGGAAUAAUACACAUCAUCGUCUCAGUCGCAGUCAUCGCGCGCGUCGACGAAGCUUCGGUAGUCAAGACGGCAGAGAACUCGACGCAUUAAGAACUUACGUAAUCCAUUCAUUCCCUUACUCGUUUGUUAUUACUUACACGCUCGUUUAAUAUAAAUCAGAAAUACGCGACCGAUUGCGUGCAUAAAGACCGUUGUUGCUUUGUAGUGCUUCUUGUGGUGCUCCUGUGCUCAUAUGCGUUUGAAGUUCAACGUACACGAAAAAUAUCUCGGAGCGGGCUUGUGCGCGUAAUCUGCAAGUACGCAGCGCUGAACAAGGAGAAAGAAGAGAGAAACAAAAGUUAGGGGAAAAAAUGAAAAUCAGCGUUUCGACGAUGCUGGACUGCAAACGAUCGAAUUGCGGUCGUCGUAUGCCGCUGCUGGUGCCGCUGCUGCUUUUGCUCUGCGUUAUCGAGAGCGGCAGAUGUUUCCACCAGGACAGCUGCCCCGACGACAGUACGACGGACAGUACAGGCCAAUGCGUAUGCAUCCCGGACUGCCCGAAGGCCCAGCCAUGCGAGGACGGACAACAUUCGCUAAUGGUGAAAUCGGGUGAUUCCAGCCAACCCGGCAAGUGCUGCCCUCUUUACGAGUGUCGAGCUCAAGAGCUCGUGAGGUACGAAUUCGGACCUACGACGGGCAAGUUGCUCGAUAACUGCGUGGACCGAUCGGGCAACCAUCAUAAUUUCAACGACGAAUGGAUCGACUCGAUGGACCCGUGCAUGCAGUGCCGAUGCCUCGAUGGCAAGGAGAGCUGCGUGAUACCACAUUGCAAGCCCUGCAAUCGCCGUCUACCACCCAGGAAGGACCAGUGCUGCGGGGACUGCGUAGACAGGCCAAUCGAUUGCCAGGUGGCGCCGCCCUUGGAUUGCAACCUCCGUUGCGAGACUUUCGAUGUGAACGAGCAAGGCUGUCAGAUCUGCAAGUGUUUCGACAACGGUGAAGUUUCGCACAAUAAUAGCAGCAACAAAGAGCAGCAACAGACGACCAACACAAUAGAUGCCGCCUCUGCCGGACCAACAGUUCUCGACGCGGAGACACCGGCAAAAAGCUCAGUAGUGGCGAAUUGCACCAAGCCCAACUGCCUACAGGCCAAGACGGUUUGCCCGUACGGCAAUUUGCUGGAUUCAAAUGGCUGUCCGACUUGCUCGUGCCGACUGGAGUGCCCGAGGCUCGAGUCCUGCCCAAAGAAGUGCCCGCAAGGCUACAGACGCGACGACAAGGGCUGCCAGAUUUGCAAAUGUCGCUCGAACUGUCAGGAUCCAGACAGUAGGCAGAUCUACAAACCGGACGAAACUUGGAGCCCUGAUCCUUGUCGCAAGUGUGUGUGCAGGCAGAACGGCCACAUUAGUUGCUCAGGCACCACGGAGUGCAUCAACUACUGUGAAAAUCCAAUGCCACCGUCUAACGGCUCCUGCUGUCCUAUUUGUCCUCCUAAAACAACCAUGGAGGGAGAAGCGAGCGGCAAUUCCACCAGCACUUCAUCGUCGGCCUCGUCGUCGCGAGGCUGGGGCGUCGUGCCGAUCACUCUCAUCUGCGUAUUGGGUCUUUUAUGCUGCAUGCUAAUGGCUCAUCUCGUGCGAAAUCGCUUUCGAGCACGGCUGCCGACAUCCGAGAACGAAUUCACCAACGCUUAUCCACAGCAGUACUACAAAUGCAUACCCGUUUACGAGAGCCAUCUGUCGCGGAAUGCCGAAAAGCUUGCGCCACUCUGAUGAUGAGCUGUUUGUUUAUUUAUUCCUUUCUUUCAUUUUUAUAUGAUGAAUUGAAGGAAAUAUGAAGGAAGAAAAAGAACGAUCGAAAGAAUACGUAAGCCGAGCUACGACGCCAACGCCGUAUAUUCGAGCGCCUACGUCUCUUUUUUUCCUUCCUUGUGUACAUAUAUAUAUGUAUAAAGUGUAUUUGCGUUUCGUUAGUCGUAGACACAGUAUUAUUUGCCAAAUAACGAAGAGCCUGCGGGAAUGAGAAAAAAAAGAAAGAAUACGAAAAAUCGUCGUUAUACGUACCUUUUGAAUGUGCUUGUGUAUAAGUGUGCGGAUGUGUGUAUUCGUAUGUUUGCAUUUGAACGUAGUCGCAACGUGAGCGAGAUUUUGUUACUCCUUUGGUACUGUUCGUCUAAUGUAUAUUUGUCGCUCUGCCGUAGUUUCAAUACGUUCCCAUGACAAUUAUUCUUCGUUUGCUUCGCAAAUAAUAUAACUAACUAAUAUUACCGAACGAAAUCAAAACAGACCAUCGUAACUGAUUCGUUCCCAAACGUGGCGACACGUUAUUUCUUUUUAUCAUCAAUAGAAACAAAUAAAUUUGAAAUUACGGAAAUGUCUGUUUUUUUUGCGCACUAA